AUGCGUCAUCAAGUUCUGGAAGCAUUUGGCUCUUGCCCAGGUGGUCAUGAGACCCCACACGCCCAUGAAUGGGUGCUGCUCAAGAAGCCUCCACAAGCCAUUGUCAUUUCACGCUUCAGGAUACAGGUGGAGGAUCUGAUUGUGAAAUAUCGGAAAAAGAAGAAAACAGUGGCCGGGAUCAUCGUGGAGCCCAUCCAGUCUGAGGGUGGAGACAACCACGCAUCUGAUGAUUUCUUCCGGAAGCUGAGAGACAUCUCCAGGAAGUAUGGCUGUGCCUUCUUGGUAGAUGAGGUCCAGACAGGAAGGGGCUGCACCAGCAAGUUCCAGACCCACAAGCACUGGGGCUUGGGUGACCCUACAGAUGUGAUGACCUUCAGCAAGAAGAUUAUGACUUUCCAUAAGGAGGAGUUCAGGCCAAAUGCUCCAUACCGGAUCUUUAACACCUGGCUGGGCGACCCGUCCAAGAACCUGCUGCUGGCCGAGGUCAUCAAUGUCAUCAAGUGGGAGGACCUGCUGAAUAACGCAGCCCAUGCUGGGAAGGCCCUGCUCACAGGGCUGCUGGACCUCCAGGCCAAGUACCCUCAGUUCAUCAGCAGAGUAAGACAAAGCACCUUAUGCUCCUUUGAUGAAUCCACACAGAAUAAACUCAUUUUAAUAGCCAGAAACAAAGGCGUGGUGUUGGGGGGCUGUGGCAACAAAUCCACUCAUUUCUGUCCCACCCUGGUCUUCAGGGAUCACCAUGCACACCUGUUCAUCAAUAUUUUCAGUGACAUCUUAGCUGACUUCAAGUAAAGAAGCCAUUUCCACUACAGUCUG